CUGGCAGUUCUAGUGGCGCGUGUUAGAGGCAGCGUGUGUAAUCCGAGGCCAGUAGGGACUGAGUGACGGAGGCGGCAGGAUGUGCGUGGCUGCCCCGCCGCCACCCUGACCUAAGAGAGACCCUUGCAUUGCGUGUGUGUGCCAGACAGUUUGAGUCAUCAGACGUUGUUCGACGUCCUACUUGGCCAGAUCACGGCCUGUCACGAUGACUUAAGUGGAACUGUGAUUAUAUGACCUGUUAGUGUUUGAGAUUGGACAGAAUUGAAGUGAGAUACAAACUCUUGACAUCUUAACAAAAGACACGUGAUGCACGGCUGAGGAAAUCAGUGACACGAAAACUGCAUGAAAACAAAUAGUGAAUGAACGUCUGCUAGAGUGAAGAGAGAAGAAAGAGGUCCUGACGACGCACGACAGGCAGUGGUGGUGGACUGCAGAUGUGGGUGGUGAGGCGGGAACACAGACCAGCAGUGCCGCAGCAAGUGUUGGUACCCCGAGGGAUGGCGCCAUAAAGCAGGAUGAAGAGGAAGUGGUGAAGAAGAUCUAAUGCCGCCAAAGAUAGGAUGGCGGUCUUGUUAGCGAGACAGAUGUUCACUGUGAUGGCCAUCAUGACUCUCAUACCAGGCGCCACUCCGCCACAAGCCGCGUCUCCCAUGUCGGUAAGCGGCGCGGGAGGGAUGGAGGCAACCACCAGACAAACCACGCUGGUGGGCGCCUGCAACAAGGAGAACAGGGCGGUAGGCGUGUGUCUCCACGUGUACCUGGAGCGGGACUUCCUCACGCUGGAGGGGAUCGUGUACCGGUGGAACACGAUGGGCAAUUUCUACCCGAGAGUCGGUGGUUUGACACAACCACUGCCGCCGCUGCCAGACCUUGACGCCAACACCACGUCCAGCCGCCUGAGGGAAGACAAGCGGCGGCAGCGGGGAGUGGGGAUGCGCGGCCGCCAUCAGCACAAAUUGCGUCUGGAGGGAGAGAUAAAAGGCAGAGGGAAGCGCAGUGCUCCUGGGAACUACGCCUUGACUUCAGACGCGUACGGCACGCACGGCUGGGUGGAGGGACCCGAGCUGGAGGACUACUGUAGCCGCCUCGGGACAGUCAUCACCUGCUUUGAGGAAGUUCUUAUCGACUGUGACAAUGGAUACGACUUCUUCAGAUAUCGUCACCUGCUACACUCUCUGAGUCACGUGCACCACUACCUGUGCCACACACCAGAGGACCGAUCCUCCAAAUUUCUACCGUUCCUGAAGCUGAUUGACUGUGCUGAGAAGACCCGCGAGAAGAAGACCUCUUGUCAUAGACCAAACAUCACUCUCAACGUGUGGAACCAAAUACUGAGGGUAGAAGUUGGCCCGGAGAUCUGCGACUCCCUCAACACCCAGCGAGCGUGCCUGCUGGACAACCAGUAUCUGAGGGACGAGUGUGGCAUAGAGAAGGAGGAACUUUACAGGAACGUCUCGGGCCUCUUCCUGGGAAUUUGGUGCCGCCUUCCACUCUAUCAGAGAUUCUAUUCCUCGGGCACCACUAGUCAUCACCAACACCCUGCCCUCUACCUCACUCUUGUCCUCGUGUUUCUCCUGCACCUGAUGAGACUCCCUAACUCGUGGUGACCUAGGCUGCCUUUAGUGUCUGUGAUUUCCCUCGCAUUCUCCAAGUGUCGCCGGUUCGUUACCUGAAACACUGGAAUUGGGAUAAUGAACUUAGCGUGGUACAACAUAAACUGUUGCUACAUUACUUCCAAUUCCAAUGUAAGACUGAAGAGUCGGUGAGCGCGGAGAGAAGAAAAAAAGACAUACAUCGCCAAAACUUUGAUGCACAUAUCUUGCUUGCUCGUAUUUGUGAUGUUAUUGUGUGUGAUACCGUGAUUCUUAUCGUUAAUGAGCGGCCAGUUAGCUUAAUCUCUCUCUCUCUCUCUCUCUCUCUCUCUCUCUCUCUCUCUCUCUCUCUCUCUCUCUCUGUUUGAAUUACUGACGAUGAACAACGCUGUUUCCUUAACAUUCCAAAUGGCUAAAAUGAUGAACCUUUCCUGAAUUACGUCAUGAUGGUCUGUUUUACUGUUUAUUGGAGAGAGCAUACGUACAUUGAAGAAAAUCAUUCUCUAUGACUACAACAAAACUGUCAGUUUUAUACGAAUAUAUCAGCAAGCUUCAUGACCAUUUAUAAGAGAUAUUUUGUGCGUGCUUACUUUGCAUUAUAACAUUUGUGUUGUAUUUGAUGUUGUAUAUUAUUGUUACAUGAUGAAGAGUCUUGCAGGUUUGUGAUUUACUGUGCUCCUUGUAAUGGCCGGUGCUAACGUAGUACUCCGCGGUAACCGGCCAUGUAUUCCAUUCAUUUGUAAUGGCUGGAGCCCUUUUGUCUUUGCUUGACUUUCACUUAUUGGAUUAUUAUUCUCGCUGAACAACUGAUGUUGUCAAAUGCUUGUUGUGUUGUCAGAGUCCUGCCAUUGGAACGAUGGCUUUGUGGAUUCAACAUGCUGAUCAUUUAAUCAUUUAUUUUGUUCUCGAGAGACUAUCAAGGAUUUAUGAAAUAAGAUUUUUUUUGCCGUAAACCAAACUGAAAACCGAGUCUUAUCAUUUUGCUGUUAUUAAUGAAAAACAAUUUUCAAUAAAUAGAUUUUAUUAAUUCAACUUCAGAUAAAUAUGUAUGUGAAAGAAAAUCUACAUACCAGUG